AAAGCUCUCGCCACCAACCUCCCAAACGCCGGUGCCUUCCUCUGCCACGUCACCCUCCUUUGGACCAUUGUCUUCCCCCUUUCUUCAUCCCCCCGCUUUCUACUUUUCGUCGUGUCUCUCUCUCUGUUUCUGGCGUCUUCCCGCACUCUCUCUGAGACGCCGUUUCCGGUGCUCCGGUGAAUGAUUUAGGGUUCGGGUAGAGCUGAGAAGGAGAAGAAGAUGGGGACUUCAUGGCGGCAGUUGAAGGCGAUGCUCCGGAAGAACUGGCUUCUGAAAAUUCGUCAUCCUUUCGUUACUUCUGCCGAGAUUUUUCUUCCUACAGUUGUAAUGCUGAUGUUAAUUGGCGUACAUACCAGAGUUGAUACAAGAAUCCAUCCAGCCCAACCGUACAUUCGGAAAGGAAUGUUUGUGGAAGUGGGAAAAGGUGAUGCAUCCCCUAGUUUCAACCAAGUUUUGGAUCUGUUGUUUGCAAAGGGAGAAUAUUUGGCCUUUGCACCAGAUACAAAAGAGACAAGGACGAUGAUUAACUUAAUCUCAACGAAAUAUCCUCUUCUGAAGCUGGUUAGCAGAGUUUACAAAGAUGAAAUAGAGCUUGAAACUUACAUACGUUCAGAUAUGUAUGCUGCCUAUAAUCAAAUCAAGAAUUGUUCAAAUCCCAAAAUCAGAGGAGCUAUUGUAUUUCAUGAUCAAGGUCCUCAGUUAUUUGAUUAUAGCAUACGCCUCAACCACUCGUGGGCUUUCUCAGGAUUUCCUGAUGUGAAAACCAUCAUGGACACAAAUGGUCCCUACCUCAAUGAUUUGGAAUUGGGUGUUCAAAAUGUGCCAAUUCUGCAGUACAGCUUCAGUGGGUUUUUUACUCUACAACAAGUUUUGGAUUCAUUCAUAAUAUUUGCUGCCCAACAAACUAACAUAGUUAAUGAAGAAAUUGAAUCUUCGUCGCAUCACUCAUUUGCCAUACCUUCCCCACUCAAGUUAUCCUGGAUGCAAUUUAGUCCCGCGAGGAUAAGAAUAGCGCCCUUUCCAACUCGCGAAUACACUGAUGAUGAGUUCCAAUCUAUCAUCAAGACAGUCAUGGGAGUGCUGUAUCUUUUGGGAUUUCUCUACCCAAUCUCUCGCCUGAUAAGCUAUUCUGUGUUUGAGAAGGAACAAAAGAUAAAAGAAGGUCUUUACAUGAUGGGUUUGAAGGAUGAGAUAUUUCAUCUUUCUUGGUUUGUUACAUAUGCGUUGCAGUUUGCAAUUUCCUCUGUGGUUAUAACAGCUUGUACGAUGAGCACCCUUUUCAAGUAUAGCGAUAAGUCGGUGGUGUUCAUAUAUUUCUUUUCAUUUGGACUCAGUGCUAUCAUGCUUUCCUUUUUUAUCUCAACAUUCUUUACACAAGCAAGAACAGCUGUGGCUGUUGGCACCCUUUCUUUUCUUGGAGCUUUCUUCCCUUAUUACACUGUGAAUGACCAGUCUGUCACUAUGCUCUGGAAGGUCAUUGCUUCUCUGCUUUCACCUACAGCUUUUGCUUUAGGUUCAAUUAACUUUGCUGAUUAUGAGCGUGCUCAUGUUGGACUCCGUUGGAGCAACAUAUGGCGGGCAUCAUCUGGAGUAAAUUUUUUGGUCUGUCUCCUGAUGAUGUUGCUUGACACACUAUUAUACUGUGCAAUUGGUCUUUAUCUGGAUAAGGUCCUUCCUAGAGAGAAUGGAGUGCGUUAUCCGUGGAACUUCAUAUUCCGCCGCUACUUUUGGAGAAAAGGAAGUGCUAUCGAGCAUCGUGCUUCCAGUUCAGAAGUUAAAAUCAAGAAUAAACUUUCCAGGAAAAUUGGCAGUUUUUAUGGAAAAGAUAGUUGUGAAGCUGCUGUGGAAGCAAUAAGCUUGGAUAUGAAGCAGCAAGAACUUGAUUGCCGAUGCAUUCAGAUUAGGAAUUUGCACAAGGUGUAUUCCACUAAAAAAGGCAACUGUUGUGCUGUCAACUCAUUACAGCUCACAUUAUAUGAGAAUCAGAUUCUUGCUCUUCUAGGACACAAUGGAGCUGGUAAGAGCACAACAAUUUCUAUGCUUGUUGGUCUUCUUCCUCCUACAUCAGGAGAUGCUUUGGUGUUUGGAAAGAACAUCAAAAAAGAUAUGGAUGAGAUACGCAAGGGAUUGGGCGUCUGCCCUCAAAAUGAUAUUCUUUUUCCAGAAUUAACUGUGAAGGAGCAUUUGGAGAUGUAUGCGAUUUUGAAGGGGGUAAAGGAAGAGUUUUUGGAGAGUGCUGUGACUGAAAUGGUCGAUGAAGUUGGUUUGGCAGAUAAAGUCAAUAUUUUUGUAGGGGCUCUUUCUGGAGGCAUGAAGAGGAAAUUAUCUCUUGGAAUUGCAUUGAUAGGAAAUAGUAAGGUUAUAGUUCUUGAUGAGCCUACUAGUGGAAUGGAUCCGUAUUCAAUGCGCUUGACAUGGCAAUUAAUCAAAAAAAUUAAGAAGGGCAGGAUAAUAUUGCUAACAACACACUCCAUGGAUGAAGCUGACUUUUUAGGAGAUCGGAUAGCCAUCAUGGCUAAUGGUUCUUUGAGAUGUUGUGGAAGUUCACUUUUCUUGAAGCAACAAUUUGGAGUGGGUUAUACUCUUACACUAGUGAAGACAGCCCCUAGUGCCUCUGUGGCUGCUGACAUUGUUUACCGUCACAUUCCUUCUGCAACUUGUGUGAGCGAUGUCGGAACUGAGAUUUCCUUCAAGCUUCCUCUAGCAUCCUCAUCAAUGUUUGAGAGUAUGUUUCGGGAAAUUGAACGCUGCAUGAAAAGAUCAUCUCCUAACGUUGAAACAGCAGGCAGUGAGGGCAUGUACUCCCUUGGGAUUGAGAGUUAUGGUAUAUCUGUCACGACUCUGGAAGAGGUAUUCCUGAGGGUUGCAGGAUGUGACUUCAAUGAAACUGAUUGCUCUGGGCAGAAAGGAAGUCAAGUUUCACCUGAAUCUGCUGUUUCUCAAGGCUCUCAUGAUUAUGCUCCGAAACAAUUUUCUCAUUUCAAAGUUGGUGGGAAAUAUAAAUCGGUUGUUGAUGUGAUUUCUGCCAUAGUGGGGAGAGCCUGUAGUUUAUUUAUUGCUACUGUCUUAACUUUCAUAAACUUCUUAAGCAUGAAGUGCUGUUGCUCUUGUGUGCUAUCAGGAUCAAUAUUUUGGCAGCAUUCUAAAGCACUACUAAUAAAGAGAGCAGUAUCUGCUCGGAGGGAUCGUAAAACAAUUGUUUUCCAGCUUGUGAUUCCUGCUGUAUUCUUGCUUUUUGGUCUUCUUUUUCUAGAGCUUAAACCUCAUCCUGACCAGAUGUCUGUGACAUUCACAACUUCGCAUUUUAAUCCUUUGUUACGAGGAGGUGGCGGCGGCGGUCCAAUUCCUUACGAUCUAUCCUGGCCUAUCUCAAAAGAGGUAGCACAGUACAUAAAGGGGGGUUGGAUUCAAAGGUUUAAGCCCAGUACAUACAAAUUCCCUAAUUCAGAGAAGGCGUUGGUUGAUGCUGUUGAUGUAGCAGGGCCGAGGUUGGGACCAGUCUUGCUUUCCAUGAGCGAAUUUCUAAUGUCUAGCUUUAAUGAAUCAUACCAGUCAAGGUAUGGAGCAGUGGUAAUGGAUAACGAGUAUGAUGAUGGAAGUUUAGGCUAUACCAUUUUACACAAUAGUACAUGUUCGCAUGCUGCUCCGACAUUUAUCAAUUUAAUGAAUGCAGCAAUUCUCAGGCUUGCUACUCAUAAUGAAAAUAUGACGAUCAUAGCUCGCAAUCACCCCCUGCCUAUGAGCAAAAGUCAGCACUUGCAACGACAUGAUCUGGACGCAUUCUCUGCUGCAGUUAUCAUUAAUAUUGCCUUCUCCUUUAUUCCUGCAUCAUUUGCUGUUUUUAUUGCAAAGGAACGUGAAGUAAAAGCUAAGCAACAACAAUUAAUAAGUGGGGUAUCUACAUUAUCAUAUUGGGUUUCUACAUACAUAUGGGACUUCAUCAGCUUCUUACUUCCUUCAUCUUUUGCAGUAAUUUUAUUUUACAUUUUUGGUCUGGAUCAGUUUAUUGGAAGGGGUCGUUUCUUGCCGACAGUCCUCAUGUUUUUGGAGUAUGGACUGGCAAUUGCAUCAUCAACAUAUUGCCUCACAUUCUUUUUUUCCGAUCACACAAUGGCACAAAAUGUGGUUUUGUUGGUCCAUUUCUUCACCGGACUUGUUCUUAUGGUCAUCUCAUUCAUUAUGGGGCUUAUACAGACAACCACAACUUUAAAUUCUUAUCUAAAGAUCAUUUUCAGAUUAGCACCAGGAUUCUGCUUUGCUGAUGGACUUGCUUCAUUAGCUCUUCUACGGCAAGGGAUGAAAGAUGGAUCUAGUCAUGGGGUUUUUGACUGGAAUGUUACUGGUGCCUCUAUUUGUUAUCUGGGUGUCGAGGGCAUUGUUUACUUCCUUUUAGCGCUUGGGCUUGAAUUUUUGCCACCUCAAAAAUUAACUCCAGUCAUGGUCAAGGAGUGUUGGAGGAGCAUAAAAAAUCUCUUAUGUGGAAGUUCUAAUAGUUAUUUAGAACCCCUUCUAGCAUCAGAAACUCCUGCUCUUAAUGUUGAUGAAGACAUAGACGUACAAACUGAAAGAAACAGGGUACUUUCAGGCUCGUCUAAUAAUGGCAUUAUUUAUUUGCAUAAUCUUCGGAAGGUUUAUCCAGGUCGGAUGCAUCAAGGUGCUAAAGUUGCUGUUCACUCAUUAACAUUUUCAGUUCAGGAAGGAGAAUGUUUUGGCUUUCUAGGAACAAAUGGAGCAGGAAAGACUACAACUCUGUCGAUGCUUUCCGGAGAAGAAACCCCAACUAGUGGAACUGCAUUUAUUUUUGGCAAAAAUAUAUGUUCAAACCCGAAAAUUAUCCGUCGGCAUAUUGGAUAUUGCCCACAAUUUGAUGCCCUGCUUGAAUACUUAACUGUCCAAGAGCAUCUUGAGCUUUAUGCAAGAAUAAAAGGUGUCCCAGAUUACAGGAUGGAAGAUGUUGUCAUGGAAAAGUUAGUGGAGUUUGAUUUGUUGAAGCAUGCUAAUAAACCAUCAUUCUCUCUUAGUGGAGGAAACAAGCGCAAAUUAUCUGUAGCAAUUGCCAUGAUUGGAGACCCCCCAAUAGUUAUUCUUGAUGAGCCAUCUACAGGUAUGGAUCCUAUUGCCAAACGAUUCAUGUGGGAAGUUAUAUCCCGUUUAUCAACCAGACGAGGAAAGACAGCAGUCAUUCUAACAACUCAUAGCAUGAAUGAAGCUCAAGCGCUGUGCACCCGAAUUGGAAUAAUGGUUGGCGGUCAGCUAAAAUGCAUCGGAAGUCCCCAACAUUUGAAAACACGAUUUGGAAACCAUCUUGAACUAGAGGUUAAACCAACUGAAGUCAGCUCUGUGGACUUGGAAAACCUAUGCCGGAUAAUUCAAGAUAGGCUUUUUGACAUCCCUUCUCAUCCAAGGAGCAUACUUAGUGACCUUGAAACUUGCAUAGGUGGCAUAGACUCCAUAACAGCGGAAAAUGCAUCAGUUGCAGAAAUUUGCUUGUCAAUGGAAAUGGUAGUCAAAAUUGGACGUUGGCUUGGCAAUGAAGAAAGAGUACAGACACUCGCAUCUUCAAAAUAUUUUUCUGAUGGGAUGUUUGGUGAACAAUUAUCAGAGCAGUUGACCCGUGAUGGUGGUAUCCCAUUGCCAGUAUUUUCAGAGUGGUGGUUAGCCAAAGAAAAAUUCUCACUAAUUGAUUCAUUUAUCCUAUCCUCAUUUCCUGGGGCAGCGCUUCAAGGGGGUAAUGGAUUGAGUAUCAAAUAUCAGCUUCCAUAUGGAGAAGACCUUUCGCUAGCUGACGUUUUUGGGCAUUUAGAGCGAAACAGGAACAAAUUGGGCAUAGCAGAGUACAGCAUCAGCCAAUCAACCCUGGAAACUAUUUUUAAUCACUUUGCUUCGAACUCAUGAGAUCUAGUCACUCUCUUUAAAAAAAAAAUUUGAUUCCCUCUUUAUUUUAACGGGAGGGUGUACAGGAACAGAAUAUAUCCAUUUCUCUUGUACAUGGUUUAGUCCAUUUCAAAGUUCUUGACGUCAAUUGUAUAUAGCAGACAGUGAAAGAUUGUAACGAAGCUUCAGCACUGAACGUAAAUUGCUGCCUUUGUCAAAAAAAAAAUUGUGGGCUGAUAAUGUCAUAGGAGAUUAAAUGCAAGAGAACUUUCUGCAUA